AUGGUCUUAAAAAGUUUUGUAAAACCUGAAUAUCAAAACAAAGAGACUUCGAAUGUGGCCCUAUCAUCACGUUAUGUUAAAGAUUAUAUGACGAGCGUUGUAAAAGAACAGAGUUCUAAAAUUCAAGUGCUUUUGAAACAAAUACAAUCGAACGCGCAGUCAGUUUUGAAACGAAUACGAAAUAUAAACCUACAAACAAAAAUCGGCACAAAAAAGAAUUUAAAAAGAAAUUUAGAUGAUGCCGAAUAUCAAGUUAAAUCACCUAAUGUUGAAGUUACAAAAUAUAAUGUACAAGGAAAAACAAACUCCAGAAAUUACAAUAGUCAUUAUUUGAGUACAGGAUAUGGAACAAGUGGAAGUUCAAACUAUGGCAUGUCUACCUACCACCAUCACUCAAUCGGUUUCGAUCCUAUAAAUAUUGUAGUGUCAAUGUCACUUCUCUCUUUUCUAUUUCAAGCCUUACAAGGAUUCUUACGAACGCGACUACCAACGCCAGUUAUUGAAGCGAGGAGUUCAAGACAAUCCUCUGUUCGGAUGAAUGGUAUGGAGAGUAAUCCAAAAGAUUUACGUAAGAACGAAUAUAUUAAGAAGAAAAUGCCCAAGGAAUACUAG